AUGGACAAGAAGGAGAAGGGUGUAGCAAAAGCAGAUUGGGAUCCCCUUGUUACCACAAUUUUUUGCAAGCUUGCUGUUGAGGAGAUCCAUGCUGGCAAUAGACCUCUAGGUGGGUUGAAUGCAAGAGGUUAUCAGAGCUUGGGUCAGAAGUUUUUGGCUCAAACAGGGAGGAAUUACACUCAAAAGCAACUCAAAAACCGUUGGGACAACCUAAAGAUCUUGUACACAUUUUGGAAAUCACUCUUGAACAAGACUGGGCUUGGGUGGAAUGCAGAAUUAGGGACAGUAUCAGCAAGUCUAGAGUUUUGGGAAGAGACCACUAAGGGACAAAAUCAGAGAGAGAAGAAGGCGUUGUGUUUUGGUCCACCAAAUAACCUCAGAGAAUUGGAGUUUAUGUUUGAGAGGAGUCAUGUAUCGGGUCUGUCUGCAUGCAUCCCUGGUGAAGAAGGCAUAGAGGGAAAUACUGGUAGCCACAUAAAUGUCGAUGAUGAUGACGACAAGGAUGCAGAAGGCAUGGAGGAAGAUCUUACACCCAUGAUGGCUGCUAGAAAGCAGUUGAAGCGGAAGGAAAAAUCUAGUAUCCCAAGGAAGAAUAGUCUAAAGAAGGGGAAGAAUCCUAUGGUUAGGGUCAUGACACGCAUGGUGGAUGAUGUCAUUAGCUCCAACUCUGUAACCUCGAAAGCAUUGAUUGGUGACUACACUCGUCAGUCAAUUAGAGAGGUGAUGAAUUUGACAAAAGAAGCUGGAGCAGUUGAAGGGAGUGAUGAACAUUUUAUGGCUACAAAAUUAUUUGUGAAAGCUGAAAAUCGUGAAAUGUUCCUCACUUUUGAGACAAAUGAAGGGAGGUUCAAUUGGCUCAAGAGAUGCUAUGAGGAAAGGAAGAAGUAG